AUGGAGGAGAGAGAAGCUCUGAAGAGGCAGAUUGAUCUCCUACAAAAUCUCAUCAAUAAACACAAGAGUGUCCAUGGCGACGCCCCGUUUACAGGAGUCGGACAGAGGCAUCCAGAAGCCCCGAUAUCAGCCGGAGGUCGAGGUCACACCACAUCUGUCUCCCAUCCUCACAGCUUCAGAGGGAAAGCUUAUGUUCCUCAGAGCCGUGGAAGCUGGAGGAAAGCGUACUCUCUUAGAAACAAGAACCCCGAAUCCUCUGUUGGUGGACAUUCCUUAGCUUCCUCUUCCUCUGUGCAUCAGUCUAGUUCCCACGGUUUAUCUAACAGCACGGCACUGCCCAGCCAAAGCAGAGGAGAGGACAGUGAUAGAGCCAAAACUGCCACUGCCACUUUACCAUCAGGUGUUACUCAACUGAAGAAAGAGGGGCAUGUAGUUGGCAUAGCAACGAUUAACAAAGUCGACCAAACUUCUAGAAAAAUAGCGACUCAGCAGGAGGAUGGACAAAAAGGUUCAAGCUCAGCAGGUAAAGGAAUUCAACAUGAUGUCGUCCUGCCAGGAAAGAAAGAGAAAGAGAGUAGUUCCUCAGAAGCACCUACUUCAAUCAAGACCAAAACCACCACCACCACCACCACCUCCACCUCCACCUCCACCAGUUUACAGAAGAUCUCCCAGUUACAGAUCAAACCUUCCCUAACAAGCAAAACCAGCACUGAGACCAAGCAGACUAUUCCAACCACAACUUCAGCUAAUCUUACAACUAUUCCAACAACACCACCGCCUCAAUCUGCUCUGUCCAAAGUGUCGAAACAAGCUCCGAUGAACCCUCCCAAAUCUGCUCAGACUAGCCACGGACCUUUUUUGCCAAAAUCCAAAUUCACCUGGGUAAAGAAUCAGAGUACAGGAGGAGGAGGAGGAGGAGGGGGGUCCAAACAAGGUAGCUCCAUUUCCUCACCCGCAAAAGUUGCCCCAACGCCAGGCUCGAAAGGUGGAGUCAGCUCCCCUUCGGCUACACUCAGUAAGAAAACUCCCGCCAAAAAGUUAGCUCGAAAGCUAAGUCCGGUUACCAUAGCUCCUAAAACCUCCAAGUAUAAGUGGGUCUCCUCUUCUGCUGGAGCCCAAGCUAAGACAUUAAGAAAACCACUAUCUCCAAAAGCUCUGACUCAUCCUCAGAGAGCUCUGGACAAAGGAGAAGCCACAAAGAAGCUCAAACCAGGCUCCACUCCCUCUCCUAAGUUAAAAAAAGGAGUGGGGGUCUCCUCUAGCGGCUCCUCGCUCAGCACUCGUUACCGCUGGAAGGCCGGCGGUCAGAAAACCUCUGCAGCAGCGACGGGAGGGGCGGCGAUGACCCGACGUAGAUCCGCCUUCCACUGGACGUCAGAGAGGAGUAACAAAGGGGUGAAAGGAGGGCUGGUUGUUUCUCCCACUUUACCCCAACGUGCCUCCGUCCCCUCGUCCUCGCCGGGUGGAUUCAAGCUCCGCAGCAGAAUGAAGAUCAUACGGAGGUCCACGAGCAGUGGAUGUGGGUCAGAGAAGAGCAGCAGCCCCUCACCACUGAAGCUCUCCCCUCGGGCUCGGAUAUACACCCUGACCAGGACUCCCACAGGAGUUCGGAGGACUCCUUCUAGGGAGCUGGUGUCUUUCGGUAGACACAAGUUGAGACGUCUCUCUCCCACCUCGGCAAGAACAACAUCAGUUUACAUGCUGCCCAUGCCUCCUGCACCCCCCAAACACUCGGGAACCCACGGAGCCCAUUACCACCACAAAGGAAUCCUCCAGUCCUCGCCCCUCCCUCUGGGAUCCCGUUACCGCGCCGACGUUUACAGUGCGGCGGCCGUGGUGCUCCUCUUCUACGUAGCUGUCAGUCAGUCGGGAUUAGCGAGGUUUGGCAUUUGUGGUCAGGGAGGCGUAACUGUUUUGGUAUGGCGCCUUCGGAGCAUUCUCCAUGCCAACCACACUGGCAUGGCAUGGAGGGCAGAGAGGUGUAAGAAGAAACACACUCUAGUCUGUCCAGACUUCUCUAAGACGGGUUCGUGUCCUCGUGGAGCUCGCUGUAAGCUGCAGCACCGCCAACGAGCCAACAAGCGAAACACCAACACCUCCACAACCCCGGCCAAGAAAGCUCGCACCAAGGAGCUUUCCAAGAGGCCUCGCUUGUCUGUCAUCAUACCGCCGGGCUCUCCGGCAGCUCCAGGGACGCCCGUCGCCGGCUCUCUGGAGCUGCCGUCCUUCAUCUCCCUCUCCAGCUCUCCAGAGGAGGCGGACGCACCGGACACACUGCCAGCAGAGAGCUCACAGGUCAAAGAGAAGAAGCUGCAGAUCAAGCCUCGGCUGUGAGACUCUGAGAGGAGGAACACACACUCUGGGAUGGACGAGCUGGUUUCUGAUCUCCAGGUUUGUCCUGCCAGGUGUAUCUGACUCACUGAAUCACUC